UCACAUUCGGAUCGUUCCUGCUGCCUCAGUCACCGCUCACACCAAACCCAAUCAUCUUGGGUUUGAUUCUCUACCAGCCCAGCUCUCAAAAUUUUAGGUCUUCCAAUGCAAGAAUGUUAUACUCUUGGGGAGGAAGGAAAGAUAAAUCCUAGAAGGAAAUUGGGCUGCUUUUGUUUUUACUUACCUGCACUGAACAAAUUUGACUUCCGGAGUCAGUCAUUUUGGUGUCAAGAAAUUUCUUCGGCAUUCUACAACAGUUUCCAAAGUGGCUGGGAUCCAUUAGAAACUGAAGCGGCGGAGACCUCUGUCAGCUGUGGUCCUCACUUCUUGGAGCAGAAGGCCAGAGAGAGAGAAAGCUGUUUGAACACGUCUCAUUCACACCAGUUGAACACCAGCCUUUGGAUACUUUCAGAGUAGACUGUGUGUCUCCCUUGGAUGGCUCAGAAAAAGUAACAUCCUGCAAGCGGCUGUCAGAGGUCCUGAGAACGCAAAGCCGUCUGGCUCUCCUUCCCCGUGUCGAAUGGCAUUUGUCUCAAUAGCCCACUGAGGGCUGUCUUCCUCAGGAUUCUGAACUUGUAACUAGGAGUUGGGGCUGCGAAGAUGCUGAGUUCCAUCAAGUGUGUGUUGGUGGGAGACUCUGCUGUGGGGAAAACGUCUCUGCUGGUACGUUUCACCUCGGAAACUUUCCCUGAGGCCUAUAAGCCUACAGUAUAUGAAAAUACAGGUGUAGACGUCUUCAUGGAUGGGAUCCAAAUCAGCUUGGGCCUCUGGGACACGGCUGGCAAUGAUGCCUUCAGGAGCAUUCGCCCUCUGUCCUACCAGCAGGCAGACGUGGUGCUGAUGUGCUAUUCCGUGGCCAACCACAACUCCUUCCUGAACCUGAAGAACAAGUGGAUCGGUGAAGUCAGGAGCAACCUGCCCUGCACCCCCGUGCUGGUGGUGGCCACCCAGACAGACCAGCGGGAGGUGGGGCCCCAUCGGGCCUCCUGUGUCAAUGCCAUCGAAGGAAAGAGACUGGCCCAGGAUGUGAGAGCCAAAGGCUACCUGGAGUGCUCGGCCCUCAGCAACCGGGGCGUCCAGCAGGUAUUUGAAUGUGCCGUCCGAACUGCUGUCAACCAAGCCAGGAGACGCAACAGAAGGAGGUUCUUCUCUAUCAACGAGUGCAAGAUCCUCUAAACCCCAGAGACUUCAUCCCACUUACUCACCACAAAGACCAGCUGGGACAGAGAGAGCAGGCAAGCCAGCAAAGGACUGAUGCUCUUUCUGGGCAUGGCCUGACUGGCUUUUACUACAGGGUACAGUUGUUGAUGGGACUUGGCCACUGGAUAUUUUUAUAAUAUGUACUCUACGAAUGAACUCUUUGCCCAGUACAAUUAGAAGAUUCCUUGGGACACUGUAAUGACUAUUUCCUCUUUGAUUCAAAAACCAAAGUGGUCUCCGCACUUUUGGACAAUGAAGUGAGUUUUCCAAAGAAUACCAUAUUUAAAGACACAGUUUAUUUAAAUAAUAACAAAUGAACAGCAUUUGUAUAUAAUUAGUUUUCACACUUGGAAAGUCUUUUCCUCCCUACUCACAAACUGAUGUGUGAGUGAAAUGACCUUACAGGGCUCUGACGUAUGUUCAUAGUGUUAGCAUUUUCACCUUAAGUAGUAAUUUUGUUGAAAUCACACUUGCCUGUUAGAUUUUAUUAGGUAACCAAUUUUAAAAUCACUGUAAACUGAUCCUUGCAAUUAAUUUUCCACUCAUUUGUUAUUCAGAGUUGUAUAUAUAAAAUACAGUUAAAUGACAUAAGAUUACUAUAA